AUGCGCGCUGAUUUUCGAUUUUAUUUCAUUCCUGUUAUAAAAUUUGUUAUAAGAUCGAGGAAUUAUGCUACAGUGGGCUCGAAAAUUAUUGCUGAAAAGGAGGAUAAAAGUUUCAUUGAUUUGAAUACCGAGAAGUUAUGCACUCAUGUUUGUGUAAACUACCUUAUUGAGGGUGGAGAAGAUCCGAAAAUUUUGCCUGAUUCCGAGUAUCCAACAUGGCUUUUUGAACUGAAAUUGGAAAGGAAAAAAGAACUGGAAGAUUUAGACCCAGAAGUUGAUGGCUGGCUUUAUUGGCGAGCAUAUCGGUUGCGACAAUUGCGUCAAACUCAUCGGAUAGAAAGGCUAAAGCAAAAAUUUAUCAAUCUGCAAGACUCACCGACAAUGCAGAAAAGUGGUUACCGAGGAAAGAAAACUUCUUUAUAUGAAAUAUGA